AUGUCUUCCAUCGCCUCUGCCUCCACCCCCCAACCCCCAGCCCCCGCCUGCCCCACCUCCUCCGAGAGCCCAGAAACCCCCACCCAGCCCCCUGCGUACUCUGGGGCCGCGCAGUACGACCUCAGCUUGGGGUCGCCGAGUGAGGUCGAGCUCUUGAGCGAGUCGUUGCCUCCCUACGAAGAGGAGAGCACGAUGGAGCCCAAGACGCUGGCCACGACGCUCUGGCGAUACGGCUUUGUCUGUCCUCUGCUGUGGCUAAUUGGAAUGUUCAUCUUGUGCAUUCCUUUGAGGCCGGUGGAGGACGAGACCGACGCAGAGAGGGCCCAGAAGCUCGAGGAGAUGAUAGUGAUUCUCCGCAAGACGGAACUCAAGUACGCCAAGAGGUGUACAUGGGCGUUUUGCGGGUUCACUCUUCUGGUAGCUCUGGGCGUUGUGGUUAUAGUGGUCGUGUCGACAAAAUAGCGCGAUGGGUGAAAUUUUGUAUGACUACUUUUUGGGCUUUUGGGAUG